CGAGACUCGCCGGAUUGUCAAUACUGCGGCUGAGUCUGACUUUUUGUUUACAAAACGUGUUGCGAAGGACAACCGAAAAUGACGUCGUCGCAGAUCACUUAACGCGAAAUUUCGCGGAAUCAAAUUGCGCCCGAAAAAGCAGGACAGCAAUACUGACGACGAACGAUCGCUGCUACAAUAGAGAGUCGAGACAAGUUCAGUGCCUUUGAGUCUUUCAUAUCUCCACUUUCAAGCAGCCAACAUGACGCACCGCGCCGAUGCCUCGAAUACGCUCGACAAUCGUGGUUAUUCUGGCCCCCUCAUUCGAGGCCAGAAUCCUGCCUUGCUCCUCGAAACGGCCAUGCGAGACCGUAUCACAGACUCAUUAUACUGGAAAGAACAAUGUUUCGGUCUGAAUGCAGCGACACUCUGCGACAGAGUAGUCGAGCUCACCCAUAUUGGUGGCACCUACGGCGUAGCCAUGAAACCCACGCCUUUCAUCUGCCUAGCCUUCAAACUUUUGACCCUGGUACCGGAUAAAGAGAUCAUACUGGAAUACCUGAAUAAUGGUGGAGAUGAGUGGAAAUACCUACGAGCCCUCGCUGCGUUUUAUGCCAGAUUGACAUUCGACCCAGCCGACAUCUACAAGACUUUGGAACCAUUACUAGAGGAUUCGAGGAAACUCAGGCAGAGGAGAAGAGAGGAAUACAUUCUGAUACACAUGGACGAAUUCGUGGACAAUCUCUUGACCAAGGACCGAGUAUGUGGUACCAGUCUAUGGAAGCUCCCUGCCAGACAAUUACUGGAGGACCUGGAUCAACUCGAGGAACGAGUCAGUCCGCUCCAAGCAGAGCUGGAUGCGAUGGAGGAAGAAGACGAUGAAGUGAUGGAAGACGCGGAACGCAAUGGAACAAGAAGUGAAAACGGGGAGAGCCCGAGGAGUGAAGAAAGAAGCAGGAGCAGGAGCAGAAGUCGAAGUGGUUCGGAAAGCGGAUGACAGGCUAUAUAUUGAGGAUGCAUG